AUGGCGAAAUACUGUCUCACUAGCAAGCGUGUCAGUUGCGCUAAGCGCUACAAAAUCGAGAAGAAAGUCCGCGAUCACAACAGAAAAGUGAAAAAGGAGGCCAAGAAAAAUGGCACCCAUAACAAGAAGGAGAAGACAAUCAGCGUACCAAACUCUUGCCCAUUCAAGGAAGAGAUUCUAGUCCAGGCAGAGCAAGAACGAGAGAAGAUCAAAGCUCGUCAGGAAGCCGCAAAGGAAGCUGCUAAGCUCCAUCGCGUUGAGAAAAGAAAGAUGAACCUUCCAGCCAACUUUGAAAGCAUGGUUUCCAAGGCAGCCAAACAAGGAGCUGAAUUUGAUAAGAAGGCAGCUAACGCCGCGGAACAAGAAAAAUUCAACACUCUUGACGACAAAACCAUCAAGGCCUACGCUUCUGAAGUUCGCAAGACCAUUGAAAUCGCUGAUGUUAUUAUUCAAGUUCUCGAUGCCAGAGAUCCACUCGGAAGUCGUAGUAAAUCGGUGGAGGAGCAAGUGUUGAAGGGUGGAAAGAGACUGGUGCUGCUUCUCAAUAAAAUCGACUUGGUACCACGUGAGAAUGUGCAGAAGUGGUUGGAAUACCUCCGCGGACAGUUCCCGACCAUCGCUUUCAAGGCUUCUACUCAAGAACAAAAGUCCAACAUUGGCCGUUUCAACAGCGCCAUCCUCAACAACACUGAGACAUCGAAAUGUGUUGGAGCUGAUAUCGUUAUGAAGAUUCUUGCCAACUACUGCAGAAAUAAAGACAUCAAAACCAGCAUCCGUGUCGGUGUUGUGGGAUUCCCAAAUGUCGGAAAGAGCAGUGUGAUCAACAGUCUGAAGAGAAGAAAGGCGUGCAACGUUGGAAAUCUUCCAGGAAUCACAAAGUAUGUUAUCAACUUGACUAGCGUUAUUACAUUAUUUUGUUUCAGGGAACUUCAAGAAGUUGAAUUGGACAAAAACAUUCGUCUCAUCGAUUCCCCAGGAGUUAUUCUUGUCAGCCAGAAAGAGUUAGACCCAAUUGAAGUCGCACUCAAAAACGCUAUCCGUGUUGAUAACCUGUUGGACCCCAUUGCUCCAGUUCACGCUAUUCUCCGUCGUUGCAGCAAAGAGACACUCAUGCUUCAUUACAACCUUGCUGACUUCAACUCUGUGGAUCAAUUCCUCGCCCAACUCGCUCGCCGAAUCGGAAAACUUCGUCGAGGUGCUCGUCCAGAUCUGAAUGCCGCUGCCAAACGAGUACUAAAUGACUGGAACACCGGAAAGCUCAGAUAUUACACCCAUCCACCAGAGGCCGGAUCUGUCAAAGACGACACAAGCGUCCCGGUGGAAGUCGUCACUCAGUUCAGCAAAGAGUUCGAUAUCGAUGCCAUCGCUGAUGACCAGAACCAGAUCAUCGAGGGACUUCCAAUGGAAAGCGACAUUAUUGCUCCACAAAAUUCUGAAGAUGAGGAAGAAGAAGAGGAUGAGGGGAUGGAGACAGAGGAAAAGAAACAGACUGUGACGAGUGGACGAAAAGUGAAGGGACCAACCAAAGACGACGACAAACCAGUGCUCCCAGAGAGUCUUGCAAUUGAAGGAAACGUACAGCUCAACAAACUGAUCAAGAAUGCCAUCAAGAAGCAGAAAAAGAAGACGAAGAAGACGUCAAACAGAGCUGAUAAGUUGUCUGAUUCCAUUGGAAACAUGCUCGGAGAAUCUAUGGAAAUGUAA